UGUACACGAUGUAUGUAUGGUGCUGCUUAGUUUGAUAAAGUCAGUUUUGUGUUCGUUUUGUUUUUAUUCGGCACAUUUGUGUGCGUGUGAGCUAUUGUACACAAUACUAUCAAAUCGAGUUCAUUCAUACAAUACAAUCACACCACUGGGUCACCGAAAGAACCAAAUCAAUUUUUCUAUGUAUUUGGAAAAACAAAAUGGCGCGCAUUCUUCUCAAUGCAGACUGAAUGCACAAAUGUGUACAGAUGAAACAUUCUACGGGCAUUGCGAGGGCCAUCUAACGAAAAUUAAUGCAAUCAAUGCAUGAUGUGUCAAUGUGCUCGUGCUGUCACACACAAAACCACAAAUGUCAACAUCGACAACAUCAAAACAUUUGUUAUUGGAAUUGUUGCUUUGCAUCGAUUAAAAUCGUAUGCAGUAUUAAAAAAUAAUUACGUUGAUUUUUGCAAAUAUUAAAAGUAAACUGCGAGUUCGUGUAUUUUCCGAUUACAUUUUUAUCAGCUGCAACAUUGAAAUUCAUUGGAUAUAUUUUGGGUGACUUCGAUUUCCCGCCGUUUUAGAACCAAAAAUGGCCGAAAAUAAUACAAGCACCAAGCCUUCAACACAAGAAGAUGCCAAUAUUAAAAACACAAAUCCAAAACAAUCACCGAAAAAACGUGCUUCAAAUGUUCAGCCAAACAAUAGUCCAUCGAAAAAGUUACGACUGGAAGUGCCAAAAAUUUUGUCAAAUGGUCAUAAUCAAGGUACUGCAGUAAAAACCAAAAAUAAAUUUAUUUACGGCAAUUAUAAUCGAUAUUAUGGAUAUCGAUGCGAGAAAAAUGUCGAAGAUGUGCGUUUAAUUGCUCUUAGCCAAUACGAUGAGAUAUUCAAUGGCAAAGAUGUUUUGGACAUCGGCUGCAAUGACGGUUCGCUGACUAUCGCUCUGGCCAAACGUUUUUCCAUCAAUUUCAUCACUGGCAUGGACAUUGACGCAAAUUUAAUUGCAAAAGCGCGACGAAGUGUGCUGUAUGAAACUCAGGCGAUUGUUAACAACAACGACAAGAAUGUCAUCAAACAAGUGAACUUUCCAAAUAAUAUUGCAUUCAAGCAAUGUAACUAUGUACUACAGGAUGAUGGUCUAUUGGAAUUGGAGGAACCGCGUUAUGAUGUCAUCAUGUGUUUAUCGGUUACCAAAUGGAUUCAUUUGAAUUUUGGCGACGAUGGGUUGAAGCGAGCUUUCAAACGAAUGUAUCGCCAAUUGAAGGAAGAUGGAACAUUGAUUUUGGAAGCUCAAGACUGGAAGAGUUACAAAAGACGAAAGAAUCUCACACCUGAAAUCAAUGCACAUUACAAAAGUAUUCAACUCCCUCCAAAGCAUUUCCACGAUUAUUUAUUAAGCAAUGAAAUCGGUUUCGACAGCAGUUACUCGAUCAAGUUACCAAAAGAACAUUCCGCAGAUGGUUUUAAGCGACCAAUUGUCGCGUAUAAAAAAACAAAAAAACCACACAUUCAGGUAUCAUCGUAAAUUUAGGAUUUGUAAAUGAUUAAAGGUGAUCGAUUGCUUAAGUUCAAUCAAAGACUGAAAUUUUGAAGAGAUUCAGUAGUUUUAUUCGUAUAAGGAAAG